CUAUUGUUUGUUAUCUCUUGACAUUUAUUGCUUCUCAACAGGAUGUUUGAUUCAGCAAAAGCUUUAGCUUUUGAGAAUGUUCCAACACGAGAUGAGAUCAAGGAAGCUAUUUUCCAAACACUUGUAACGAAUGGAAUGUUUGACAAUUCCCACAUCCGGCUUUCUCUGACACGGGGAAAGAAGGUUACUUCUGGCAUGAGUCCAGCAUUCAAUCGGUAUGGAUGCACAUUAAUUGUUCUUGCUGAGUGGAAGCCCCCAGUUUAUGAUAAUACACAUGGUAUAGUUCUUGUGACUGCUUCAACACGCCGUAAUUCACCAAAUAAUCUGGAUUCAAAAAUUCAUCACAAUAACCUCCUUAAUAAUAUACUUGCAAAGAUUGAAGGCAAUAAUGCAAAAGCAGAUGAUGCAAUCAUGCUUGACAAAGAUGGUUAUCUGUCUGAAACCAAUGCAACAAACAUCUUCAUAGUUAAAAAGGGUUGUGUCCUAACACCUCAUGCUGAUUACUGUCUUCCAGACAUUACUCGAGCUACUGUAAUGAAUCUUGUGGUGGAGCAGCAGUUAAUCUUAGAGGAGCGGACAAUCAGCCUAUCGGAAGUGCAUACUGCAUAUGAGGUUUACGUAUAAUAUAUAUUAACUUAG